CGACUGACAGCGGUAGGCGUGGCCAGUCCGCCAAAAGGCACGGGGGCGUUUUCGUGCGGGGUUCGCCUCACGGUGCUUCGUCUCACUGGACGUCGCCCCCUCCCCUUGUGGGGCCGGAGGAGCACCGGAUUAGGUGAUGCUCCAUCAGCCAGCAGGGGGCGUCUCCUGGCUGCAGCCCCUCCCCGCGACGACGCCUACAGGAUAGGAGAGCUCCCUUGCCGCCGGGGUCCCGCACGUCUGAGCCGCGUGGCGCGGAGGCGGCAGAGAUGGGCAGCCCGGGCUACGAGGUGGCGCCGGUGGAGGCCGAGGAGGUGUGCUCCGAGUGCGGCCAGGUGCACCGCAGCCGGGAGAACCACCUGUACAACUACGGCCUGGAGGUGGACGACGACCUGGUUUGCCACAUCUGCCUGCAGCCGCUGGUGCGGCCGCUGGACACGCCCUGCGGCCACACCUUUUGUGCCCGCUGCCUGCGCAGCUUCUUGCAGGACAGGGACUUCUGUCCGCUGGACAGGACGCGGCUGCAACUGGCGGCGUGUCGGCGCUCCAGCAUCCUGGUGCACAAGCUGCUGGACAAGCUGCCCGUCUGCUGCCCUUUGACCCCGGUCUGCUCCCUCAGCAUGCCCAGGUGUGACCUGGAGGCACACCUCAAACACAGGUGUCCAGGAAGGCGGUGCCAGCAGACCAGCGUGGAGGCUCCUCACAAGGACGGCGGGGACGAGCGAGCCAUGGUCAGAAGUCCACCCCGCUCCCCACACACCCACCUGGAGGACCUCACCCCGUCCCCGCCCCCACCCCCACCCCCACCCCCACCUGGUCCCCACAGCGGCGAGGGCGAGGUGGCCAUGAGGACGGAGGAGGUGGGCGUGGACAACCCCGCCUUUGAGGAGAGCACGGAGGAAGAGAGUGUGCUUCUCCCCAGAGUCAAGCGUCCUCUCAGCAACCCAUGCAUCCACCUGCUGCGCUCUGUCAGCUCCGCCUCCUCCGGCUGGGACUGCCCGGAGUCUCCGCCUCUUUCCGCAGAGGAGGGCUGCGUCAAGCUGCCGCCACUUCCGGAGGGCCAGAUAACGGCGGUGGAGGUGCACCGCACCAACCCCUACGUGGAGCUGGGCAUCAGCAUUGUGGGCGGCAACGAGACCCCCCUCAUCAACAUCGUCAUACAGGAAGUGUACCGGGAUGGCGUGAUCGCAAGAGAUGGACGCCUAUUGGCGGGCGACCAAAUACUCCAGGUCAACAACGUGGACAUCAGCAACGUCCCCCACAGUUUCGCCCGCUGCACCCUGGCCCGCCCCUGCACCACCCUGCAGCUGACGGUGCUCCGAGAGCGCCGCUGUGCGUCCCGAGCCCCGCCCCCCACCCCCGCCCCGUGCCCCACCCCCGAGGGCGACCCCCCCAGCCCGGCGUCCCUGAGGAUCACCCUGCACAAGCGGGACUCCUCGGAGCAGCUGGGCAUCAAGUUGGUGCGGCGGACGGACGAGUCGGGCGUCUUCGUGCUGGACCUGCUGGACGGGGGCCUGGCGGCCAAAGACGGCCGCCUGCGCAGCAACGACCGCCUGAUGGCCGUCAACGAGCAGGACCUGCGCCACGGCACGCCGGAGCAGGCCGCGCAGGUCAUACAGGCCAGCGGCGAGCGAGUCCAUCUGCUGAUCGUGCGAGCCGACAAAGUAACUCCGCCUCCAAACUGCAGCUCCGCCAGCAGAGAUCUCUACUGCCUUGACCACUUCCUGCCUAACCUGCUGCCGCGCACCAGCGCCCACAGGGACCUCACCUGCCAGGAGAAGCACAUCACUGUGAAGAAAGAACCCCUGGAGUCUCUGGGCAUGACGGUGGCGGGGGGGCGGGGCAGCAAAAGCGGCGAGCUGCCCAUCUUCGUCACCAGCGUCCAGGCGCACGGCUGCUUGUCCAGGGACGGGCGAAUCAAGCGAGGUGACGCGGGCGACGCCAACCAGCGGGAGCACGCCGUGGAAACCUGCUCUUCUUCUUCUUCUUCCUCAGGUGACGUCCUGCUGAGCAUCAACGGCCAGGACUUGACCUCCCUGAGCCACAGCGAGGCGGUGGGCACGCUGAAGGCCAGCGCCGCCUCGCCCUCGGUGCAGCUGAGGGUGCUGGAGGUCAGCGUGGUGGAGCAGCGCCAACGUGACCAGCUGCCGCCGCACGCUCACCACUGCGACUUUGACGCCAACUGGUCGCCCUCCUGGGUCAUGUGGCUCGGCCUGCCCAGCUGGCUACACAGCAGUCAUCACAUCGUGCUGCGCAGGAGCCACCCGGGCAGCUGGGGCUUCAGUAUUGUGGGCGGCUACGAAGAAAGCCACGCCAACCAGGCCUUCUUCAUCAAGACCAUCGUGCUGGGCACGCCGGCGUACUACGACGGACGCCUCAAGUGCGGCGACAUGAUCGUGGCCGUCAACAACCUGUCCACCGCGGGAAUGAGCCACUCGGCGUUGGUGCCAAUGCUGAAGGAGCAGCGCUGCAGAGUGGAUCUGACCGUGGUCUCCUGGCCCGGCAGUCUGGUCUAGGACCACAACCUUCUAGUCCCGGGACACACCGCGCCAUGCCUUCCACAAACUCUUCAGUGGACCUUGGAGAUCUUAUUAUUAUUAUUAUUAUUAUUAUUAUUAUUAUGAACCAGUGAGCUGCCCUCCAUCACCAUGACAACCAGCUGUACUUUUAUACAUGGCCUAGUUCUUCAAUAAAUAAAGUCCAUUUGCAGUAGAAGUGAACUUUUAAUUCAUUCAACAAAAUAAUUAGUCAACAAAACACUUUAGUAAAUUAACCUGAUUAACAACCUGAAGAUGGUGGAUCAUCCAAACAGGUGUUCUGCACCUUAGAAGAUGGUGGAUCAUCCAAACAGGUGUUCUGCACCUUAGAAGAUGGUGGAUCAUCCAAACAGGUGUUCUGCACCUUAGAAGAUGGUGGAUCAUCCAAACAGGUGUUCUGCACUUUAGAAGAUGGUGGAUCAUCCAAACAGGUGU